CGCUGGCGACUCCGGAGUUGUUUCGUUAACCUUCACUUACUGACUAAAAAGUUUUAAAAACAUACAUUACAUUUUUUUCUCAAAACUAUGAGGAACCCCUUGUAGCAAACUUCGAAAACAAAGAUUACGAGACAUGAAGACCCUACCAGCUAAGUGAGCGCGACGCGUGUUUAUAAAUACCUACUCGUAUACAAUUCCUCCGGUCGGUCAGUUAGUCAUAGAAUAAAUACCAAAUAAGCAUAACACCAAGUCUUUGGUCGCCCGCGGCUUGUUCCGCGCCACCCUGACUAAGAUGGCGGGAGACGACGAGGUGCAGCUGGAUGAGGAGAUGGAGCGGGUGGUGUGGGCAGAGGGCGCGCCACCCCCGCGCCGCGUGGAGCCGCAACGCGACCACGCCGCGCCGCAGCCCAACACGGCCACAGGCGAGACGGGCGACAGUGCAGCGCUGCAGCAGGCGGACAACCUAGAUGAGCGUCAUGUGCAGUUCGGCGAGCGCGGCGAGCGCCGCGAGCUCGCCGAGCCGGCCGAGCCGCUCGACGACGCGGACGACGAACGUCGCGCACAAAGAAAUGACCGUCACUUGCACACUCACCAUCCGCGCAAGUACUCGCUGCAGGAGGGUAGUGGCGGCGAGCGGGGCGGCGAGCGGCGCGUGUCGCUGGCGCCGGUGGAAGAGCCGCUGCUGGAGGCGGACCGCGACGAGCUCGCCAGCCACCGCUCCGAGGACCCGCGCGGCCUGCGCCGACACAAGAUACAACCGAGGGGCACGGUGCACGUCGGCCGCAGAGAUGGCGGCGACAAGGUCCAGAACAUCAUGCCGGACGCCUCCUUCAAGAAGAUGUACGACAAGAAUCCGCACUCGGUAUUCGUCCAACUGGAUGAACUGCUCGCGACAGACGAAGGCGAAGCGGAGUGGAAGGAAACAGCGCGCUGGAUUAAGUAUGAGGAGGAUGUGGAGGAGGGCUCGGCGCGGUGGGGGCGGCCGCACGUAGCCUCGCUGUCGUUCCACUCGCUGCUGAACCUGCGCCGCUGUUUGGAGACCGGCGUCGUGCUGCUCGACCUAGACGAGAAGGACCUGCCCGGCGUAGCCUACAGGGUGGUGGAGAACAUGGUGUCGGAGGGUCUGAUAGAAGAGGACGACAAGCCGGUGGUGAUGCGUUCGUUGCUGCUGCGACACCGGCACGUGAACGAGGACCGCUCGCUGCUGCACCGGUUCAGCAUUAGCAGCCGCAAGCACUCCUCCUACACCAGUCUGCAGUCGCUGUGGCUGGAGGAGGGUGCGGGGGGCGCGGGGCGCGCGCGCUGUUCGCUGUGCUCCGCCACCGUCGCCUGCCGCCGGCACUCCGCGCAUCUCAUCAACCUGUCAGAGCAGCGUCGGCGGCGCAGCUCGUAUGCGCUGCCGCUGUCGAGCGAGCGCAAGAAGUCGUCAGCGGCCGGUGGCGAUCUGCGCGAGGUGGAGUACCUGGCGGCGGCGGCUGUGGCGGCGGCAGCCGACGGCUCGCAGGAGGAGUUGCGGCGCGGACACAACGACUCCAUCCUCAAGCGCAUCCCCGAGGGGGCCGAGGCGACCACCGUGUUGGUCGGUGCCGUCGGUUUCCUCGAGCAGCCUACUAUCGCGUUCGUGCGGCUCGCGCAGGGCAUCCCGAUGCCCUCCAUCACUGAAGUCCCUAUACCGGUGCGGUUCAUGUUCAUCCUGCUGGGCCCGAGCGGCGCGGACCUGGACUACCACGAAGUGGGUCGGUCGAUCUCGACGCUGAUGUCCAAUCCGUCGUUCCACGGGAUCGCAUACAAGGCGGACGACCGGCGCGAGCUACUAUCAGCCAUCAACGAGUUCCUGGACGACUCUAUCGUGCUGCCGCCCGGCGAUUGGGAGCGGCAGGCGCUGCUGCCGUUUGAAGAGCUGCGCGCGAAGAGCGAGAUGAUCCGGCGACGCAAGCGCGACGCGAUCGAGCGCAAGCGCGCUGCCGGAGCGGCCGAGCCGGCGCCGCUCAGCGAGAAGCAGGCGCUGCUGGAGGCCGAGCGCGCUGCGCUCCCCCAGGAACCCGACGACCCGCUCACUCGCACUGGACGUCUCUUUGGUGGCGUGAUCCGCGACAUCAAGCGCCGCUACCCGCACUACUUGUCUGACUUCCGCGAUGCCGUCAACGGGCAGUGCGCGGCCGCCACCAUCUUCAUGUACUUCGCCGCGCUCUCCUCCGCGAUCACCUUCGGCGGGCUGCUCGCCGAGAAGACCUACGGGGCCAUCGGCAUCUCUGAGACCCUGGUGUUCACUUGUUUGGGCGGCGUGGUGUUCGCGCUGCUGGCUGGGCAGCCGAUGAUGAUCACGGGCGCGACCGGGCCGCUGCUGCUGUUGGACGAGUCACUGGCCGGCUUCUGCAAGGCGCAGGAGAUGGACUUCCUGGCCGCCCGCAUGUACUGUGGCCUGUGGAUGAUCGUCAUCGCACUCGCCGUCGCCUCCGUGGAGGGCAGCGUCGCCGUCAAGAAGAUCACCAGAUUCACGGAGGACAUCUUUGCGUUUCUAAUCUCCCUGAUCUUCAUCUCGGAGCCGAUUACGGCGACCAUCAACGUGUACCGCGCACAUCCACUGCAGACCCACUACCCGUACCUCACGGCCGCCCCGCCCUCGCCCUUGGCGGGCGACGCCACGGUCAACGCUACACAAGAUGUCCUCAACGCAACACAGGCUAUACUCAACACUACGCAAACUGUGCUUAACGCUACUCAAGCAGCGCUCAACGCUUCGCAACCGGUUACCAAUGGCGGUGAAGAAGAAAUACUGUACCUGGCCGGUAUGCCGCGCCCCAACACUGCGCUGUUGUGCACCAUGCUGACGCUGGCCACCUUCAUCAUCGCCUACUAUCUGCGCAUCUUCCGCAACGGGAAGUUCCUCGGACGCAGCGCACGGCGCGCUCUGGGUGACUUCGGAGUGCCAAUUGCGAUCGUACUGAUGGUGGGCGUGUCAUCGCUGGUGACGGUGUACACUGAGAAGCUGCGCGUGCCGGACGGGCUCAGCCCCACCUCGCCGCGCGCCUGGCUCGUGCCUCUCAACCCGGGACUCGACUCCAUCCCGCUCUGGGCCGCGUUCGCCAUGGCCCUGCCCGCACUCAUGGUCUACAUAAUCGUCUUCAUGGAGACUCACAUCGCCGAACUGAUCAUUGACAAGCCGGAGCGGAACCUGCGCAAGGGCAGCGGCUUCCACAUGGACAUCGUGAUCAUGUCGCUGGUGAACGCCAUGUGCGGCAUGUUCGGUGCGCCCUGGCAAUGCGUCGCCACCGUGCGCUCCGUCAGCCACGUGUCCGCGCUCACCGUCAUGUCCACCACGCACGCGCCAGGAGACAAACCCUUCAUCGUCGAAGUCAAAGAACAACGUCUGACGGGUUUGCUGGUGGCGAUCAUGGUGGGCGUGUCGGUGGUGGCGGCGGGGUUCCUGCGGCAAGUGCCUAUGGCGGUACUCUUCGGCGUGUUCCUGUACAUGGGCAUAUCCGCGCUCGGCGGCAUUCAGUUCUGGGACCGGUUCAUCCUGCUCUUCAAGCCGGUCAAACAUCACCCGCAAGUGCCCUAUGUCAGGAGGGUGCCGACCCUGAAGAUGCACCUGUUCACCCUGAUCCAGCUGGCGGGCAUCUGCGUGCUAUACGCGGUCAAGUCGUCCAAGUUCUCGCUGGCGCUGCCGUUCUUCCUCGUCCUCAUGGUGCCGCUCAGGAUCUCGCUCGCCUACGUGUUCACACCUCUGCAGUUAAGAGCGCUGGACGGCGUGCAGAAAGAUAGCGACAAGGACGACGAGCCCGACUUCUACGAGGAGGCGCCGCUCCCGGGGUAGACCGCCCCGCUGUCCGCUCACUGACCUUAAAGGCCAUAUUAUUACUUUUAACUACUACCAUAUCGUAAGGGAAUCACUGUAUGAAUAUAACCCCGUCUAAUAUGAGGGACCUGAUUUGCGCAUUAAAUGCGCCGCUUACCGAUACCUAAGAUGUUAGAUUUAUAUCCGGAACAAAUUAUAUAUUUAUCAGUAUUUUACAUAAUAAGAGAAGUAAUUAAUAUAUAUAUAUAUUGGAAAUUAUAUUUUCAAACUUGUAAUUUAUACUUGCUUAGAUUUGUUACUACCACACUGGUGUCUAUUUUUAUAAUGUUAUUAGUAGUGAUAGAUAAGUAGACAAUUUGCAAUUAUGUUUAGUGAUAUUACUUAAAAGACAAUACGGUUAACGUUUUAAUGUUUUUUAAUUGAUAUUUAUCGGCUUCAGUGGUUCAGAGGUGUCGCAACGGUGACAUUAAUUUGGGUCAUUUUUUCAAUCGCGCACUUGGCGAUGCGAGUUUCACGAAACCAGUCGACCGUAAGAUUGUAAAUAAAUGAAUGCUGUCACUGCCACUGAUGAUGAGAUGUGUGUAUUGGCUAGAUUGUGCUGCCAAUACCGGGAAUGUGAUAUGAAUGCGGCCGGCACCGGCGCCCGCGCAUGGCGCACGCUUCACUUACCCAGUGUGAUAUUAGGAAAGGCUGUGUGUGACUACUUUUUACUUAACUAUUAACACUUUGUUUAUUUAAUAAGUAGCAUAGAAAGUCUUAUUGCACGAAGGUGUUAUCGUCACGGAGUGACCAUCACGCUCAAGCGAGAUUCUCCAGGUUGAAGGGAAUUGCUCAAGUAGUACUUAUUAUAUAUUUUUUUAUUUAUCUAUUACGCAUGAUUUAUCACGAGUGCCUGUAUCGGUUGUACCUUAUUUAGCGAGCCAAAGUGUUGGUGCCAAAGAGAUUGCAAUAAAGGAAUGGAACUUUAUAACUGAAGUCGCUUGAAGUGUAACUUUAUUUUUCUUGAACAAUUACCUACUUGUAAAUGUUAGCAGAUAACACAAUUUUAGCUUCAUCUUACUCCUAUGAAACGAUUUGAAAUCAUUAAAAUAUGAACGCUGUAGAUGAACAACAUGUUCUACAGUAUAGAUGUCUUGUGACAUGGCGUGCUGCUUCCUCCGCUCCACGGCACUGAACAAGGCCGAGGCGGCAUGGAGGUCGCAAACAUCUGUCAAGGGCACUGACAUUCACCAAAGCAGAUUCAGAUUGUAAAUAAAUCGUUGUUAGAACUUGUGCGGAGAGUACCGCGUGUCUGUGGAGUACGAGUGCCUCAACUCGAGUAUAUCAUUAGAUAAACCUGAUUCGGUCUCUGUAUUUUUCCAUCACAGAACCGGUAACCAUCGUACUUACCGUUUCAAUAGAUGGUAUAUUGAACUAAAUUGAAUUAAACUUACUAACGUACUUAAUAUUUUUUAAUUAUAUAACAUUGCUUACAUAAUGAACGAAAUAUUUGAUUGUUACGUUGAUAAGGCAUUUUUCAUAUCAAUUUUAUCAAUGUCCCGAUAACUACUAAGUACGUUACGCGAUUGUUGACAAUAACUUUAUUAGGCACCUACUUACAAUAGGCGUCAAUCAAUCGAAUCAAAUGUUAAGAUGAUCAUAAGGAUGUAUGUCUAACGAAGAAAUUCGUUAGAACCUACCAACUUUGUUUUUUGUUAAUAAAAAUAUAGUAAGUACUUACAUUUAGUACAAAUACUUAAUAAAAUGAAAUAAAUUUGUAUUCGGUUGUUUCGUUACAUUGUUAACUUGUUUUCUUUAGUCUAAUAAUAAUGUUCGGUACCUAGCUCCAGAACAGCGGCCGGCGAUCACUGAAUUGAAUACUGAAUUAUCUGUUAUUCACAACCGUUUCAAAACUCUUACCUUUACCCAAAGUAGAGCCCAGGCUCAAUUUGCUGUAAUAGUAGUGUUUAUAUUUUUUGUAUUUUAUUUGUAGGUGUUGAAGUAAGUACCUACCUAGUAGGUAUAUUGAAAAUUAGCGGCCCGUUUCGGCUUCGCACAGGCCAAAUCGUAAUAAAUUAUUGGUCAAAUCCAUACAAAAACUAAUCGUAACGAAGGAUUGCGCCAUCACAUCCCUGAAGUAAGGUUUAAGUGUAUGUUUUUAUAUGGUUAUACCCGAGUGAAGUUGGGACAAGUCGCUAGUUAGAUAUAAAAGGCAAACCCCUAUAUAGAAUUAUAAUGUAAUGUUAUUUUUUAAAUAAAUUUAUUGGAUUAUUGUGGUCGUAGAUAGGUAUUGCUGGCCUUUGCGUGCCUUGCACGCGCUCAAAUGGUACCUGCUGUGGUCGUAUACCAUAUUGAAAUAAGUAGGUACUUAGUUGUUGAUUAUCAAUUUUCAAAACGGUUAAUUAAUGCUAAAUAUUGUAGAGGUGAAUGAGAAAAUAUAAAAUAUUUUUAUCUAAAAUAUCGCACCAGUUUAGCGAGCCAUCAUAGCUACUUAGUAGGUACCUACUAGGUUCCUAGUUUCCACAAUAGCACGUCUUGAUUGAUUGUAUAAUGUCUAUAUUGUUUGCAACAUUUACAUACUUAGCACGUGUUGUUUUGAGCACGCAACUUCGCUUCCGCCGCCUAUCUAAUAUUACUUUGAAAUUUUACAAAAUAAGGACACGAAUUUGUUGUAAGUAGAUGUUAUUCCAAUAUUACCGAAGCCUAAAAUCGUUGUUGUUUUGUUGAUUUAUUUGAACAUUAUAAGUUAUUCUAUAGGUA